AUGCAUUCUGAGAAGGGCAGUGACUCAAGCUACACAAUGACGGCGGCUGUGCCUGACCACGAUGCCAUUCAUCCUUCUACUGACUGUCCAGAGACGGUGCUAUCCAAGAAUGACACAGCCGAUAACAAGCUAGCCGACCCCGAACAGACUCAAUCACCCAUAGAGGUUGACGGUGGUUAUGGCUGGAUCUGUGUACUGUACGUCUUUCUGGUCAAUGCUCAUACAUGGGGAAUCAACAGUGCCUAUGGUGUCUUUCUGGCCCACUAUCUGGACACAAAUACAUUCCCAGGAGCAUCAGACCUCGACUAUGACUUUGUCGAAGGCUUCUCCCUCAGUAUGGCUCAAUUCAUCGCGCCAGUCGCAACAAUCACGACCCGAAUGUGGGGUACAAGAGUUACCUUGAUGAUUGGGAUCACAUUGCAGACUGCGGCAUUGUUGGGAGCUCAGGCUCUGUGCUUUGGAUUUGGCAUGAGCAUGCAAUUCAGUGCUACUGUUGGCAUCAUUCCUCAGUGGUUCACCCGCCGUCGGUCCCUUGCAAACGGUAUUGCAACGGCUGGAUCGGGAUUCGGAGGCCUUAUCUAUUCAUUGGCUACAAGUGCCAUGAUUCAGAGAUGGGGCUUUGGCUGGGCUUUCCGCAUCCUGGCGAUCGUCUCCGCUGCUGCGUGCGGCUUCUCUGCUAUCAUUGUAAGGGAUCGAAACAAGGCCAUUGGAGCUGUUCAAUUCGCCUUCCAUACAGAGCUUUUAAGAAGACUAGAAUUCCUGCUCACUUUGGCCUGGGGUUGCUUUAGCGUGUUGGGCUACGUGGCCCUUCUGUUCUCCAUUCCCGACUAUGCAACCACCGUAGCCCUGACCGCAUCUCAAGGCUCAAUUGUUGGUGCCAUGUUCAAUCUUGGAGGAGGCCUUGGGCGACCUGUUAUAGGGUACGUCAGCGAUAGCUUUGGACGGCUGAACACUGCCCUCGCUUGUACCUUCUUGGCUGGCCUGUUUUCUCUCGUCAUCUGGGUCUUUGCCAGAAAUUUCGGUGUCCUUAUCUUCUAUGCGUUAAUGAGCGGUCCUUUUGCUGCGACCUUCACGACCACUGAAGCUCCAGUUGGCGCGGAGGUUGUGGGUUUACAACUCUUACCAUCUGCGUUGUCGAUCUUCUGGCUUUCAGUCGUCAUCCCGAGCACAUUUGCUGAACCGAUCGCUCUUUGGCUACGCACCGACAAUGGAACUAACUUCCUGCAUGCCCAGAUAUUUGUCGGCUUCAUGUUCAUGGCAGCAUGUAUUUGCCUUGGGCUUGUAAGAUUAUGGAAGGUAUCAGAGCUAGAAAGCGCUGAUGCUGACGGCGAUCCUCCGAGGCAGGAAACCCAGAUCAGAGACGAUGAUGCUGUGCCACGAGAGUCCGUCGUGGGAACGGCGAGCAGCGUGCCUAGUAUCACAAGUAAAGUGAAGACUGUGAAGGGAUCAUUCACGAUGGCGAGGGUUUGAAUGAUGUAGACUAAGAUGUCU